UUACACUAGGUAGUCUUCGGUUAUUUUUUGCGAGUCUAGUUGUUGUUUCUAGGUGAGACAUACAAGCUCAACGUUCUUCAAGGAGAUUUCCGAUUUUGCAUUCUUCUUUGAAUUCUAUUUCGGCUCUGUUUUCUAGUUUCCCUCUUUGCCAUCGAUUCCAUUCAUGUUCAUUUGCUAUCGAGAUCCCGUUAUCUUAGGUCACCUUCGAUGAUUUUUUAAAGGGUAAUGUCUAUUUUUUAUCCAAAUUUUUUCCAGAUUCUUUUAUAUUAUCCAAACUUUAUCGAAAUACUAAGAAUUAACCAAAUGUUAACUUUUCGUUAGCAAUUUUUUUAGUAAUAUUGACUUGCCAACAUGAUACUGACUAGGAAGAGACACAUGAAGGUCAACAUUGCAAAAUUUUAGUAUUUUAACUAAGAAAAGAGUUACAAAAUUAUUAACGAUAACGUAAAAAUAGCUAAUAUUUUGAUGCAUUGCGAAAGAUUUGGCUAAUUAAUAGCAUUUUAAUAGGUUUGGAUAAUAUACAAUAAUUUGAAAAAGGUUUGGAUAAAAAAUAGACAUUACCCUUUUUUAAAUGCCUAGUUGUAGUUUGAUUUUUAAUUUAUGUUUCCACAUUUUUCGUUGAAUUCAGUUUCUGGUAUGUUUUCUAGUUUCUCUGCUUGGCUUCUGGUUUCUAUUAUGUGAUUUCAUAAAAGGGAAUUCUCUUGUUCUGUUCAAAUAAAUCGUGAUAUCUGCCUACUUCUCUAUCUUCAUCAUCUCCUGUCAAGCUGUUUGCCGGAAUUCAAUUCUUGCUGCUCCGUUAUUUCCAAUUUCACAUACUCUUAAUUUAAUUUCUCUGUUGUUGAUUCUUGGUAUGCAUAUAGUUCGUUGAAAACAAAAUUAGGUUUUGGUGAUUUGAGAACAUGAUUUUUGUUGUUCUUUCUAUUCAAUUGGUGUUAUCCAGUUACUCAUCUCCUCUAUGUGUCUUCGAUUUCAAUACUUAUUGGUCUGUUGCUGAGGGACCAUUUAUGUUUAAUUUAUGUGGUGUUCUAGUUGUUUGAUUUCUGUGUUGUUUUAGGUGUUUGAUUCUUCUUCUAGUUUAUACAUAAGUGGUUGCAUCUUUUUUAUUUUAUUUGUGUAGAUGGAUCUCCACGACCAUGAGCUGAAAAGGGUAUUGCAUAAAAAAGAGCCCCCAGAGAUCUAGAAGAGGCAUCUUGAAGUGCAGCUACCCAUGUAUAGGAGGAGGAAAGAAAAGAUCGAGUAAGUGUUCGGUUUACCAAGAAGAAAUCAUGUCAUGUAGUUGAAAGCACUUCCCCAAUUGCCUUCUCCAUAUCAUCAUUUGUAUAUGGAAAGAUAGUAAAGAUUCUCUCAUUUCUUUCCAAUGAACCCCUAGCAUCUUCCAUCGUACCAAUGACGAUAGUUUUUGUUGCUGAAAUCUUACUACCUGAUUUGAAUAAUGUCUCUCUAAUGAUGGAGUAUUUUUUUUUUUUUAUCUUUUGUGAUUCGACCUGCAAAGGUUUUGUACUCAUAAUCUCGUAUCUUGUUGUUUCCCCUCGUGGGAUACCUUUGGCCAAAAAAAAAAAAAUUUUCAUGUUCUCCGUUUUAAAUCAAAUUAAAGAUUUGCAUCGAACUCUUUAAUGAAUGCUUUGCAUGUGUUUCCAAAAUUUUCCCCUUUUCACUUAAUGCGUUUUUUCAUCUAAUUUAAGGGGUCUUUUGCAUGAUGGAUUUUUUUAAAUGAAGCAAUAUAGUAUAAUCAAAACUUAUUCAUCAUAUAGUAAAAGUGAAAUGAUUAAUGUGUGUUUAAAAUUGAAGAAGUUGUUCAAAUUGAAAAGAGUAAAUCGGCUUAUGUCAAAGAAUAAUUUAUGCAUACUAACAUUGGUAGUUACACUCACAUUGAUCUUAACACACUUAUACAGGUAGUUUGUUAACUUCUUAAAACUUGUGUGGCCAUUUUUAUUAUCAAUAUAAUAUGAUUACUAGAACAACCAUACAAUCGUGGUCAAUCUUUAGAUUUGUGUGUCCUUGAUAAAGUAGCAUUCAUUUUUCUUCUAAAAUCAAAAUGACAAUGUUGUAAUUAGGAUUAAUAUAUUUGUCUGGCUCGAACUUUUCUCAUAUUUAAUAUCCUGGAAAAUCCUUUUGGCAUUUAACAUCCAACCUUGAACUAUCACUGCACUUUACUAAUUUGGUUAAACUCGAGAGUUGACCGUUUAGUUUUUGUGGUCAAGGCCGUUAACUAACAGUUAAACCGCCACACUGCCCAGUCACCAUAAAUAAACAUAAAAUAUCUAAGUUUCACAUAAUCCUUAAAAGUUAAUAUGAUCAAAUUAAAAUCGUUGUAUCUUUCUCUCCGUUGGGUAAAGAUAGUAAAGACUCCCCUUUCUCUCCAUCGAAACCCUUGCAUCUUUAUCAUACCAAUGAUGAUAGCCUCAGCUGCUAAAAUCUUUCUACCUGAUUUGAAUAGUGUCUCUUUCAUGACAGAGCAAGUUUGUGAUUGUGAGUGAGAUGAAAUUUAGUUACUUUUCAUAUUCUAUUAUGGAUGCUAAAUCAAAUUAAAGAUUUGAAUCCAAUUUGUUUCCCUCCUCACUUAAUGUGUAUGUUGAUAUGCCUUGAAUUAGACUAUCUGGCUAUGAUUGGAAGCCAUGGUGUAUGGAUUUAUACACGUUUGUGACCUCAUUAUUUACCAUAUUGGAUUAGGGUUAGGCCACAUGGAGAAGUACUAUAAAUACUUCUCAUACUCCUAUGUAAUACAUAUCUCCUCAAAGUAUAGUGAAACGAGCUCUCUCCCGCCCUUGGACUAGCUAGCACACAUCGUGUUAGUGAACCACGUAAAUUCGUGUGUCUUGUUUUGUUUGUUGCUCUAUUGAUCUUCAAAUUUCCCGAUCCAUAGAAAUAGUCGUAUCAAGUGAUAUAAGAGCAGUGGUUGGAAAUCAGGCUAGGGUCUCAGACAUGAUGGUUCAUUAUGUACCGUGAACGAUGUCAGGAUGUUCCACAAAUGACAAAGAAUUUGAUCUCUUUAAGUCUUCUCGACAACAAAGGUCUUAGUUUCAAGAGAAGAUGUGGAGUUCUGUAUGUCUGUAAAGGUUCAAGGAAGGUACUGAAAGGCGUGAAGCAUGGCAUCUUGUAUGCAUUGCAAGGAUCUGUGUUGUCAGGCUCUGUUGUCGUUGCAUCAGCUCAGGUUCAUUAGGAAGAUAUGACAACUCUCUGACACAUGAGACUGGAUCAUAUGAGUGAAUGUGGGAUGUAAGUUUUGUCGAAGAGAGAUCUUCUUUGCAGGCACAAGGUGCAGAGUUUAGAAUUUUGCAAACAAUGUGUGUUUGGAAAAUUACAUCACAGUAAGAUUCUUAAGAAGGGUAUCCACCGGACGAAUGAGAUAUUGGAUUACCUCCACUUUGUCUAUUACGGUCCUUCAAUAGUUGAAUAUAUUGGAGGCAACAUGUAUUUUCUGUCUAUUAUUGAUGAUUACUCAAGAUUUACUUGGAUUUUCAUGAUAAAGCAGAAAAGUGAAGGCUUCAAGAAGUUCAAGUUGUGGAAGGCCUUGGUGGAGAAUCAGACCUAAAUGAAGAUCAAGAUACUUUGAAUCGCUAAUGGUUAGGAGUUAUGUAAUUUUGAGUUCAACGAAUUCUGCAAAGAUGAAGGGGUUGCCCGUCAUCGGACUGUUAGAGACACUCCACAGUAGUAUGACAGCGAAGAAAGGAUGAAACAUACAUUGUUGGAUAGAGCAAGACGCAUGCUCUCUAAUGUUGGACUUGAGAGGUAUCUCUUUGAAUCCUAAAUAUGGCGAUACCCCAUUGGGGACCACCUUCUUCAAAGACCCACUAACAAGGUUCUAUGUAGAAGCAGUAAACAUGGCGUGCAACCUCAUCAACCGUGGACCUCACUCAGGUAUCGAGUGCAAAACUCCUUAUGGUGUGUGGUCUAGUAAGCCAGCUAAUUACUCUUUACUGAAAGUUUUUGGUUGUCUUGUUUACUAUCCACAGUGAAUGGGUUUAUACACAUGUAAGUUUCUAUUUUGGGCUUGGUUUGUAACCUUAUUCUUAUCAUAUUUGAUUAGGGUUAGACCACAUGGAGAAGUACAAUAAAUACUUCUCAAACUCCUAUGUAAUAUGUAUCUCCUCGAAGUAUAGUGAAACUGGCUCUCUCCUGUCCAUGGACUAGUUAACACACAUUGUGUUAGUGAACCACGUAAAUCGUGUGUCUUAUUUCUUUUCUUGCUUUCAUUUUCUUGCUCUAUCGAUCCUCCAAUUUCUCAAUUCGUAGAAAUAGUCGGGACAUUAUUUUUUUUUUCCAUCUAGUUUAAAGAGUCUAUUGAAUGGUGGAUUUUUGAAAUAUCUGACAAUUGCCACACAAAAACGUAUCAUUUCAAAAUACUUGUCUCCACCUAACAAUUCAAAAUAAUAUAAAACAAGGCAAUUCCAAUUGCCUUAACCAAAUUACAGCAUCCUUAUUUUGUGUUGCCAAACAAAACAGUUUGACACAAUAAUUUCAUUUUAAAACAAUUAGAACUAGGGCUGGUAAUCGGGUAUCCGGUUAACGGUAUAACCGGAAACCGAACCGGUAACCGGCGGUAACCGGUAUACCGUUAACCGGUGUGUGGCGGUACUCGGAUGGGAGAAAGGAGUAGCCGGUAUACCGACUAAGUUUCGGUAUAAUACCGACGGUCAACCGGUUUUACCGAUACCGUGAAAUAACCCUCCCCAGUACUCCCCACCCUCCCUUCACCUGCUUGCGAGAAGCUCUGCAACCCUUCUCUCCUCUCUUUCUUUUUUUUUUCUUCCCCAGCAACCUCUGCACAAGAAAUCCUCAACCUCUCCAAAUCAACAAAUCCAAAACCAACGUUCAUGAUUCUCAAUCUCAAAUGGCCACAGCCCACUAAAAAUCCCCAAUCCAUGCGCUACCUUUUCCAAAUCGGCAAAUCCCCAAUCAGCCGAUUCCCGACCCCAACUCUCUCGGACCAGAGAUUUCCGACCCCGGCCUCCGAUGAUGGCUUCGCAACCUCCGACGGCGGCCUCGCCUUCGUUCCCGAGUCCUGGCCCCAACCUCUGAAGGCUGCUUUACCUUCGUUCUCGAGUCCCGACCGCAACUCCGACCAGAGAUUCAGAGAUCUGGAGAUCCACCGCUGUCGCAGCACCUUCGCAGACGGCCGGAUCCACCAGCGACGACUGCAUGCAGGAGGGAGAUGGAGAGCCGCCAUGCGCUGGAGAUGCUACUCUGUCUCGAAAGUUUCUCCAGACCCCUGCUUCUACUCUCCGUACUCUGCAAAGAGUGGGUCGGUUGGGGGAAGAUGAAGAGUUGAAGACGAAGAAAAGAGAAAGGCUUACCGGUUUUCGGAUAACCGGGAACCAUAACCGUUACCGACAAUCCGGUAAGCCGGUUAACCGGAAAUUACUCGGUACCGGUAGUCGGAUUCAAAGCUGGGCAUGUCGGUAAUACCGAUAACCGGUAAAUCGGUAACCGGUUAUACCGAUACCGACCGAUUACCAGCCCUAAUUAGAACAAAUUGACUCAUAGCAUUCUAUCAUCAAAACAACCCCAAAAUUCGUUUUUAAACAUACAAAGUCAUGGUGGUUGAUGUAUCCCAUAAUAGCACAUGUGCACAAAUUUAUAUCUACACAAUGAAUUUAAUUCAUUAGC